AGACAAUGGCGUGACGUCAUAAUAACUUGAGACUGUCAAUCAAAAUGCCGGACGCGCCACGGCUCGAGUGACAAGAUGAAAGUUUACGCAAGAAAGAUGUGAUAGUCGACGAGAUGUGGAAUCACUCCAUCCCUCUGCUGCGCCGUCCCCUCACCCCGGUCCUGGAACAGCCGGAAGACUCCUCACCACCAGCAGACGGGACGUGCACGUUUGACCCAGGUUAUCGCCUUUCAUCGACUGACCCACAAGUCAUCGAAGACUUUGUGACGUCACCACAUAGUGUUAGUGAGGGUAUCAAUCCACUGGCCAAUGACUUGUCGGAGUUGGAAGAACAGAUACCGGAUGUGGACAGUUGCCCCGGUGACGGCGGCGGGACAUCUGUGUUGGACAGGACGUGUCACGUGUACAACAAGACAUGUCGGGCGAUAGACGCUCUGGAGAAGCAGCUCGUUGUCAUAAAAAGGAAACUGAAGAAGGUCUCCAACAAAUACUCAGCCAACCACGAGCGAGCUACGUCAGCCAUGAGCCGUCAUCGUAUGAUGAAAGGGUUGCGCGAGGUAGCAGACGACAAAGUCACAUUAUGGCGGGAACAGUGUCGGAACUUCGAGCUGGGCUACUCUCAGGAGAGACCCGAGUUUGAACAGAUGAAGAACAUCCACAGCAUCCUCAAAGCAAGCAUGGAGGAACUAGUGGAGAGGAACAAGUACCUGGUGUCCUUUGUGAAGCUGAUGAAACUGAGGAGGUUGAAGCAGGCGGAGGAGAGAAACCGUGCCCAAAUGGAGGCGGGUUACUCUGGAACGGCGGGAUGCUUGCUCCGGCGGCAGUUUGAGGAGGUUCUCCGGCAUCAGUUGGACGCGAGGAACAUGGGGAUGCCCGCUCAGCGGAAGACGCAGGACUACCAGGAUCUGAUGAAAAGGUUUGGGCGGAAUAUGCCCCGUCCUCCGUUCGCUCCUCUCAACGUGUUCAAGCUGAAUGCAUUGGCUCCAUAUCUGGGACGGUCGAGUGUCCGGUAUGGUAGUGGGCAGGUGUAUACUCUCAAUGUGGACAUCAACAAGCAGGAUGAUGAGACGUUCGGCCGAGCUACACCUGAGACAAAGGAACACUGGGUUCUGGCAGGAAGGAACUGCCUACAUGAUCAGGAGAAUGUCUUUGUGGGCGAUUGCUUCCUAAGUCAAAGUGGUAUGUUUGGAUAUUCAAAACUCCCCUCAAUUCGACACGUGGCGAACAAAAGGCAGGAGGGAGAAGGUAGGAUUGAGGGCCGCGAGGGACAUAUUUCGGAACCAAUAAAGAGCAGUCGGAAACACAUUGCCACCGAGAAGAGACGAACUUCAAAGAUCAAAAGGUCAAAGUGCAAGUCACCUUCAAACACAGCCGCCCGUGGUCGUCAUCUGAAAUCUAAGUCAAAUCGACACUCGGGGAAAAAGUCGCAAUUCGGAGUUACUCUCAACAUCUGGGGCAAUAGGGAGGAAGUUGACGCCGACAGCAUCGCAGGCGGGGAACUCCUCACACAUGACCAACCAGUGCCUCACACCGCGUCAAACACCUCGAGCGAACAGACUGUGGUCAAAGAUGGCUGAAGACCGAACAAUAUGGAUCAUACAGUAAUAAAU